CGAUAGCAAAAAUCUUCGCGACAUAAUGCAAAUUUUUUGUAAUUAUGCGAGCACAAUACAAACGUUGACCUGGGCUGUUCUCAGUGGUUAUGUACACACGUGAGGUGUGAAGUUUAACCCGCUGGGGGUUUUAAGUGGAAAUAAGCUUUUAACAAAAGGAUAUUGAAAGUUCUUGAGAUCCAUUGAAGCUAACACGUUGCCCCAACGAAACCCGUAAAUGCUUAGUGACGGAGGAGUAGGGGUUUUGCUCUGUGAACACGAAAUGUGGUUUCCGUACAUUUGAUUGAUCCCGUCAACCAACCUGACCUUUAGGUGAAGUUUUAUAUUGCUGGUUUAAUUGUCGAAAUGUGGGAGGCGAAAACAUUGACGCAACAGAAUGGAAAUUUACGUACUACAAACUUGACAACAGUGUCAAACGAAUUGAGCGAAAUCAAAUUUAGCUUCGAAGAGAAGCCUUCGGGGACGAAAUCAACUGCUACCUGCGAAAUGUCAGAAACAACGCAAAACACAGUACAUAGAGUUUUAACUUCUGAUAUUAUUGCAAGAAUACAGGCGGUGGACAAUGAGGACGAUAUCGCCACUUGUCAAACGGACAUAACAAAAAGAAAAAUUCCGCAUCGAGCGAAUUACAAGCUUGGAGCGAAUUAUACUGGCGACUUUUCGAGACACGCAGCUGAGGUGAAAUAUGGCGACCACUUGGACGAUUCAGGGAUGUGUAUUAUCCGUAAUGUGGUGAUUGUUAAAAAUAGCGCGUCGCCGCUGGGAUUUUUUAUUCGACAAGGAGAUGGAUCAUUUAUCAAGCAGGGAAUAUUUGUUUCGCGUGUUACGCAAGGGAGCAUUGUCGACGCAAACGGUUUGCUCAAAGUUGGAGAUGAAAUCAUUGCAGUUAAUUACGUCGACAUCGACGGAUUCAGCCUGGAUGAUGUAGUGCGAAUGAUUCAGGCUCCGCGAAAAUUGAUUUUAACGAUUCGAAUAAAUGCUUUCUUAAUCAAAAGCAGUUCUUCCGUUGGCGAUGCUUUCAGUUCUCUAACAACUAAUGGAGAGAAGGCUACCUCGAAGGCUUUAAAAAUCAAAAGCAAGCAGUCUCGGGCAAAUGAUUAUAAAGAGCCAAGCAACAAAGGUAAACAAACUGAGCAAACACAAACGGAAAAUUUGAAAGUGGACAAAAAUGCAAAUGAGCAUCGGGACAUCUUAAAAUCGUCAAAUCAUUCGGAAAAUUCGGCGACCAUUGAAGAUCUUAUCAACGCUAUUCGUGCGCAAAAUAAUCGAUCGAAGAAAAGCAAGAGACAUUUUGAGCACGGUGAAAACAACAGCGAGCCAUCUCCCGAAGACUCUGGCCACUCGAACGGCUCUCUGCACAAACAGCGAGACUUGAAUAAAGCCGAGAAUCCGCAGAUUAGAAAACCAUCCAAUGAUGGCAUCAUUUUGUCAACCAGAACUCCUCAAAUUGCCAGUCGAAAGUCAAGUACUUUAACACCAAUAACGUCUGUGAAUUUGAUUUUCGAUGACCCUGAUGAUUUUACUGUUCCAGCUCCUCCUACCAAACAUACUAUUUCAAACGAACAAUCCCUAAAAGUUUAUUCUUCGGGAAUAAGUUCACGAAGCCCUCCGGGUUCUCCCGGGGGUAGUCCGAAGGCAAGGCGAAGACUUCCGUCCGUGCCUGGCGACACCACACGCGCAAGUCGCUCUAACAGCGAUGCCCGUAGCGAGAACGGUUCGCAACCGGCUACCAAACCCUUGCUUUCCCUACCAGCGGAGCCAAGGAGCCGUAGGAUGCUCCCUACACCCCCACCAUCCCCCGUUGCCUCACAUAAAGCGGAAUUAUCAAACAGUCGAGAAACAAGCUCGACCACAGGUGAAAACUCUGAGAGUGGAAAAUCAAACCGGAACAGUUGGACUGGAUCGGCAGACAGUGAAACGAUGGAGGAAAAAUCACCAGCGCCAUCUCCCUCAAGGAAGGAAUCAGGGUUGUCUUUGAGCCAAAUCUUCGGCGCAUUUGCGUUGAGAACUCAUUCAGAUGCUACAGAUGAACCAGAAAAGAGUAAGAAUGGAGGCAAAACUGAGUCUUCCGCACCCCAAAGGCCUAUGCGAAAGAGCGAAUCUCAUCGAGACGAUAUCUUGGCGCAACAGAGGCAGUCUCUGCUGUUACAUUCGUACGUCUCUGGUGGACUGCAGCCUCCUAGCGGACCUAAAAGACUCACGAGUCGUUCAUCACAACCUAAUUUGAAACUUUCGCCAGUUCAGGAAGAACCUUCCAAAUCAAAGCUCUCUCCUGGCUCGCCUGAGAACUCCAAAUUCUCUCCAAAGCUCACCAGAAGGCGCGCCAGCCUUGCGUCAAUAACUGACAAGAGUUUAACCAAUCAGCUUCCCGCGCAAGACUUGAGUGACGCCGACCGACUUAGAAGUGAGGCAGAAACUGGGUUUUUGAUAUUCCCAGAUGAUUAUACUGGGCAUAAUCUGCUAUCGUCGCACGCAGUCUCCGGUAUGGUCUCUUUGCACAUUAUCAAGGCUACUCACUUACCUUUCGCUGAUAAGAAGCUUUUGGAGAAGAAAAAGAAAGUCUACUUUGCGGUAGAGGUGGACUUUGAGCGAAAAGCUUUCACAACUACCAAGAGGGCGUCAAAAGCCCUAACCUGGGACGAAGUAUUUGAAGUAGAAGUCCAACAUGGCCGAGAAGUGUGCCUCUCUUGUUUUAUUGCAAGCCACGAUUUUGACAAACCCGUGACAAAAGCCUCUUUCAAUCUGUCUCCUUUUGUGCGAUGCGGUCAACAACACAAUGUCGUGUUUCGUAUGCAUCCACAAGGAGCGAUUCAUCUCAAAAUGGAAUUCAUUGAGAUGAAGACCUUGCUUAAACGGGCCCCGUCUGAUCGAAUAUCCGGCGUGUUUGGAUUUCAACUCAAUGUGACCUCGCGAAAUGACAACGCAAGUGUCCCGCUGAUCGUCCGGAAGUGCGUGGACGAGAUUGAGAAGCGUGGCCUACUGGCUGUGGGUCUGUACAGAAUUUCCGGAAACGCUCGACGGAAGAGGCAACUUAAGGCGCAAUUCGACGAAGACAGCACCACGGUGGAUUUGUCAGAAGACAGCUACCCAGAUAUAAAUGUCAUCGCUGGCAUUUUGAAAGAUUAUCUCCGAGAACUUCCCGAGCCCUUGAUAACGGAAUCCUUGUCGAAGCUACUGAUUAACGCAGCUAAGGAACAAGUCCAAGAUCAGGAUCUGGCCUCACAGAAACGUGUUCUCUCCAAACUGCUGGUUCAGUUACCUCAGAACAACAGAGAGACCCUUGUGUAUCUGCUGAACCAUUUCUUGCGGGUCAUUGCAGAGAAGGAGACGAACAAAAUGGACGCGCGCAACCUGUCAGUGUGUUUUGGACCCGUGCUUUUAUGUCCCCCGGCGAACCUUACCGAGGGCAAAGACUUGCUGGACCUGAAACUUCAUAUUAAAAUUGUCGAGUUUCUGAUUUAUCUGUGGAGGAACACCAAUGUAACUCCCGGAUAGCUCUAAAUUUUGUUUAACUUCUAAUAUUUUUCCGUAAAACCUUUAUCUGUUAAGACAUAUAUCAGCACUAACCGUAAACAUUUGUCAGUCUUUUGUCUUAAUUAAACUUCAAAUCGACA